CAUGAAAAAUCCGUUUAAACAAUAUUGGCACCUAAAACAUGUCACAGAAAGUUGAGAUGGAAAUUGUGUUUGUAUCAGAGAUCAACACCCUAGUCGAAGUUUCCAUUGAUGACCAUUGGCUUUUCCCUUUCUCCCUCAAUAAUUUCAUCUCUGUUAAUUGAUUAAUUGCAAAGUUGUUUAAAAUUGAAUUUGAUUAGGGAUUACUAAUUUGUAGUUAAAGAUUGAGUGAACUUUAUCGAAUAUCUCUAUAUCUUCGUCGCCGGAGACGGAGACGGAUUCGGAUAUUCUCGGUGAUAUCAGCCACUGCCGGCGACGCUUUGGUCUGGAAAUCCGCUGCCUCGGCCUCUUCUGGAAGGAGCUGAGGUAGAUCGCUAUGGAGUUUGAUAUGGAUUUUCAAAGUCCGGUGUUUUGGCAACAAUGCUCUAUUAUUGCCCAUGCAAUGUUAUCAAUUGGUGUAAUAGUGUCAUGGGUGUGCAAAGUGGUGGUUAAAAGAGCUGAUGUUAUUAAUAAUCAUCACUCAAAACACAAGAACAAUAACAAUAACAAGAACGUUCUCGUAAUAUCUUCUCUAACUCUUUCGUUAUAUAACGUAAUGCUGUUGUGCUUGCAUUAUUACUUUAGUAGUUGGUCGUCUACUUCUGAUGAUCAUGUUAUUAGGGUAGCCCUUUAUGAUUUUGGGAUAAGGGCACUUGCUUGGUUCCUUGUUAGUGUUUACUUGCAAUGUAGCAGUAGCAGUAGCAGUAGCAGUAACAGUAACAGUGUGAGGUUUCCCUUUCUUCUGACAACUUGGUGGGGGGUUUACUUUGCUGUUUCCAGUUAUUCCCUUGUAACAAAGCUGAUUCAUUUGGGAAAUUAUGGAGAUCUCCGACAUUAUAACUUUCUAGUUUUAGGGUCAGAUGUCCUAUAUGUCAUCUCAGGGAUUUUCUUUUUCUUUUUCUUUUUCUUUUGCUGGAAUCCUGUUUCUGCCAUAGCUGUUAGUGAUGAUGAGGGUGGCCUUCAUGAAUCCCUUUUGGUUUCAGAUUCCCAGAAAAACAUUGAUGUUAGUCCUUAUUCAAAAGCUGGCUUCCUUAGCAGUCUCACCUUCUACUGGGUAGGUUCUUUAAUAUCCAAGGGUUAUCAUAAACAAACUCUGGACCUUAACGACGUGCCUCCUCUGUCUCAUGAUGAUGAUCCUAGUGAAUCGUAUGUGACAUUUAGUAAGUGUUUGGAGCAUGCUAAGGGUUGUAACAAGGUCACAAGUAUGCAGCUCGCUAAAUCCUUGAUUUUUAUGUCAUGGCCCAACAUAUUGUUGACAUUCAUUCUUUCACUGGUAAACACAUUGGCUAUCUAUGUUGGCCCUUACCUCAUUGACUCCUUUGUUCAAUACCUUAACGGGGUGAAGACAAAGGUGUCGAGAAUUGAUGGCUAUGUUUUAAUUUCUGUGUUCGUGGUUGCAAAGCUUGUGGAAUGUGUUUCUACUAAGCAUUUAUCAUUUAGGGUUGCGAUAAUGAACCUCAGAGCAAGAUCUGUCCUUAUUCAGAGCAUCUAUACCAAAGCCUUGACUCUCUCCUGCACAUCAGGUCGCACAACUGGUGAGAUGAUCAAUAUAAUGUCAGUUGAUGCAGAAAGAGUUGGUCAAUUUGGUUUUUACUUGCACGAUCCAUGGUUGAUCAUCCUGCAACUUGUACUAGCCUUGUCAAUCUUGUAUAAAACUCUUGGGCUUGCCUCAAUUGCGGCGUUUGUUACAACUGUGGUUGUGAUGCUGGCAUAUUAUCCUGUGUCAAAGCUGUUCGACAAGUAUUAUAAGAAUGUAAUGCAAUCCAAGGAUGAAAGAAUGAAGGUUACAGCUGAGAUACUAAAGAACAUGAGAAUUCUGAAGCUUCAAGCUUGGGACAUGAAAUUCUUGUCCAAAAUUCUUGGCUUAAGAGAUGUUGAGAAAGAAUGGUUGAAAAAAUCUCUUAGUUCUUUGGCAUUAACAACUUCUGUAUUCUGGGUUGCCCCAACAUUCGUGUCUGUAGUCACUUUCAGCACAUGCUUGCUCAUUGGUGUCCCUCUUGAAUCUGGGAAGGUCUUAUCUGCUAUUGCAACAUUCAAAAUUCUUCAAACUGCCAUCAUAAACCUACCAAACCUAAUAUCUACUCUAACACAAACAAGAGUUUCUCUUACCAGAAUUGCUUCAUUCCUCUCCCUUGAUCAGUUGAGUCCGGAUGCUGCUGUGAUUAAUAAUAAUAAUAAUAAUAAUAAUAAUAAUAAUAAUAAUAAUAAUAAUAAUAAUAAUAAUAAUAAUAAUAAUAAUAAUAAUAAUAAUAAUAAUAAUGAGGUAGUUGUUGAAAUUAGUGGAGGAAACUUUAGCUGGGAUGACUUAGCUCCAAACCCCACAUUGAAGGAUAUCAACAUAAAAGUUGAGCGAGAAAUGAGGAUAGCGAUUUGUGGUACAGUUGGUUCUGGUAAAUCAACCUUGCUGUCAUGCAUACUUGGAGAAGUGUCAAAGGUCUCUGGUGUUUUGAGAUUAGAGGGAUCCACUGCUUAUGUUCCUCAAACUUCAUGGAUACAAAGUGGAAGUAUAGAAGAUAAUGUCUUGUUUGGCAAGGAAAUGGAUAAAGAGAAAUACAACAGGGUCUUAGACGCAUGCUCUUUGAGAAAGGAUCUGGAGGUAUUGCCCUUUGGUGAUCAAACAGUGAUUGGUGAGAGAGGUAUUAAUUUGAGUGGUGGACAGAAGCAAAGGAUACAAAUUGCACGAGCAAUAUACCAUGAUGCUGAUAUUUAUCUUUUAGAUGAUCCUUUUAGUGCAGUUGAUGCUCACACUGGAACUCAUCUCUUCAAGGAAUGUGUUCUGGAGCUCUUAAAAUCCAAAACAGUGAUAUAUGUCACACACCAAGUGGAGUUCUUACGUGCUGCUGAUCUGAUUCUGGUCAUGAAAGAAGGAAGUAUACAGCAAGCUGGAACGUAUGAGGAUAUUCUAAAUUCAGGCGGUACAGAUCUGAGGGACCUUGUGGUAGCUCAUGAACAAGCGCUAUCUACAUUUAAUAAUAAUUCAAUAUGGACUGCAACUCCAACAAAUAUAGCUAGUGAAGCUGAUGAUGAGGAAGAAGAGACUGAUCAUGUUAGUGAAGCUGAUGAUGAAGAAGUCAGGCCGAAAUCAGGACAACUGGUUCAAGAAGAAGAGAGAGAGAAAGGAAAAGUUGGAAUAGUCCUGUAUUGGAAGUAUAUCACAACAGCAUACAGGGGAGGUUUAGUUCCAUUGAUAUUAAUGUCUCAGAUUCUUUUUCAGCUUCUUCAAAUCUCAAGCAAUUAUUGGAUGGCUUGGGCAACUCCUGUGUCACAAGAUGCCAAACAUGGUCAUGUUGUAGAUGGCAAUACUUUACUGAUUGUGUAUGUUGCUUUGGCAAUUGGAAGUUGUUUUUUCAUCCUGGUCAGAUCAUGGCUUCUUGUGAUAGCUGGAUACAAGACUGCAUCUUCACUCUUCUACAAGAUGCAUUCCUCUAUUUUUCGCGCUCCCAUGUCUUUUUUUGAUGCAACCCCUAGUGGACGGAUCUUAAGCAGGGUGUCAACAGACCAAAGCGAUGCAGAUAUGUAUACCCCAAAUAGAGUUGGUGGUUUCGCGUUCUCAGUGAUCUCACUUUUGGGGGUUAUUGGGGUAAUGUCACUGGUUGUAUGGCAGGUUUACAUGAUUUUCAUUCCAGUUAUUGCUGUCUCUCUGUGGUACCAGCAAUAUUAUAUAGCUUCAGCACGAGAACUGUUCCGGUUGGUUGGAGUAAAUAAAGCCCCAGUUAUACAACAUUUCUCAGAGAGUAUAUCUGGAGUUGCUGUUAUCAGGAGCUUUGGUCAAGAGUCUAGGUUUUGUGAAACGAGCACAAGGCUGAUAAAUGGGUAUAUGAGGCCUAACUUUUACAGUACAGCUUCAACCCAAUGGCUUAACUUCCGCCUUGACAUGUUGUCUUCACUUACUUAUGCAUGCACUCUGAUUUUCUUGAUCUCCAUUCCUGUGGGAUUAAUUAAUCCAGUGAUUGCUGGGUUAGCUGUGGCAUACGCACUGAAUCUGAAUGAGCUGCAAAAUCGGGUAAUAUUAAAUUUUGCUGUAAUGGAGAAUAGGAUAAUCUCAGUUGAGAGAAUCCUUCAGUAUACGAGCAUUACAAGUGAGGCUCCCCUCGUGGUAGAAAGCAAUAGACCAGACCAGUCUUGGCCAUCUUCUGGUCAGGUUCAUGUUCAAGAUCUUCAGGUACGUUAUGCUCCACAAUUGCCCCUUGUACUGCGAGGAAUUACAUGCACCUUCCAAGGAGGAAAGACGACUGGGAUUGUAGGCAGAACAGGUUGUGGCAAAUCGACCCUGAUACAGGCUCUCUUCCGAAUAGUGGAACCUGCGUCUGGGAAGAUAAUUAUUGAUGGAAUUGACAUUUCGUGCAUUGGACUGCAUGAUUUACGGUCUAGAUUGAGCAUAAUCCCCCAAGAUCCUACCAUGUUUCAAGGGACUCUUCGAAGCAACUUAGAUCCACUAGAAGAGUAUACAGAUGACCAGAUUUGGGAGGCCCUCGAUAAGUGCCAGCUUGGAGAUGAAGUUAGAAACAGGGAAUCGAAGCUUGAUUCAACCGUAAGCGAGAAUGGAGAGAACUGGAGCGUUGGGCAAAGACAGCUUAUCUGUCUUGGUCGUGUACUGCUUAAGAGAAGCAAAGUGCUGGUGCUUGAUGAAGCAACAACUUCAGUGGACACUGCAACAGAUAAUGUCAUCCAACAAAUCCUGAGGGAACACUUCUCAGAUUCAACAUUAAUUAUAAUUGCUCAUCGAAUUACUUCUGUCAUCAGUAGUGAUCAAGUGAUCGUUUUAAGCCAUGGAGCCGUUGAGGAAUGUGACAGACCUUCAAGGUUGCUAUUAAAUCACUCCUCGUCAUUUUCGAAGCUUGUCAAUGAGUAUACAACAAGAUCAAAAUCCAAACCAAGAAUAAGAAAACACAACACAUAAAGAGGGUUACUUGGCUCCUCUUCUAGGAUUUGAUUAAGGUGUUAUUGUUUUGAGAUGUUAAAACCCAGAAUGUUGUAGAGUUUAGAGAUUCAGUUCUGACAUCCUGUAACAAUAUGUUAGAUGCUAAUAAUUCUUUUGAGCUCUGGAUUUGAUAUACUCAGUAGAUAAUUUUCCA